AUAUAUACACACACAUACUUUGUAUCUAUACAUUUCAACAUACAUACAUACAUACACAAAGUAUAGGCAGCCCGUCGGAAACUCAUCCGUCGUCUCCAUGGACAAGUAUGAGGUGGUGAAGGAUCUUGGGGCGGGUAAUUUCGGUGUGGCUAGGCUCUUGAGACAUAAAGAGACUAAAGAACUUGUUGCAAUGAAAUACAUCAUGCGCGGUCAAAAGAUUGAUGAAAAUGUGGCUAGAGAAAUUAUCAACCAUAGAUCCCUUCGUCAUCCUAAUAUAAUCCGGUUCAAGGAGGUCGUAUUGACACCAACACAUCUAGCAAUAGUGAUGGAAUAUGCUGCCGGGGGAGAACUUUUUGAUCGUAUUUGCACCGCAGGUCGAUUUAGUGAAGAUGAGGCAAGGUAUUUCUUCCAACAAUUGAUCUCUGGAGUCUCAUUCUGCCAUUCCAUGCAAAUAUGUCACCGAGAUUUGAAGCUGGAAAAUACGCUUUUAGAUGGGAGUCGAGCACCUCGCCUCAAAAUAUGCGACUUUGGUUAUUCAAAGUCGUCACUUUUACAUUCGAGACCCAAAUCAACAGUCGGCACUCCGGCUUAUAUUGCUCCAGAAGUUCUUUCUCGUCGAGAGUAUGAUGGCAAGUUGGCUGAUGUGUGGUCAAUUGGUGUCACACUGUAUGUGAUGCUAGUGGGAGCAUACCCUUUUGAAGAUCCAUCUGACCCCAAAAAUUUCAGAAAAACCAUCACUCGUAUUAUGGCGGUUCAGUACAAGAUCCCGGACUAUGUUCACAUAUCUCAGGAAUGCAAACAACUACUAUCACGCAUAUUCGUCGCGAAUCCUUUACGGAGGAUUACAAUGAAGGAAAUCAAAAGUCAUCCAUGGUUCUUGAAGAACUUGCCGAAAGAGCUCACGGAAGCGGCUCAAGCCAACUAUUAUCAACGAGACAACCCCAUUUUUUCCGUUCAAAGCGUGGAUGAGAUCAUGAAGAUUGUAGCCGAGGCAAGAAAUCCUCCGCCAUCGUCAAAAUCGGUAGGGUAUUUUGGUUGGGGAGCAGAGGAAGAUGAGGAUGAAAAGGAGGAAGAAGUUAAUGAGGAAGAUGUAGAAGAAGAGGAUGAAUAUGAAAAGAGGGUGAAAGAGGUUCAUGCUAGUGGUGAAUUUAAUGUUGUUUAAGCUCAUAUGAUGUAUUGUAUUAUGGAUUAUAAUACUAGUUUUUAUUCUUUUGUAAGAUUAUAUAUAAUGUAAUAAAGUAUGGUGAUUAAUGAUCAAACAUUAGCUUUAAUCAUA